AUGACUGGCGUAGAGGUUUCUAAACGGUCAAAUGGCCACGCUCACGUCUUCAAUCCACGCACGACGUCGUAUGAGUUUCUGGGACCGCCGGGGACAUUUCUCAUCUCGACGCUCGUCCCCUUUUUCACCUAUGUCUUUGCCUAUGGGUGCUCAGAGUCUGCGGGAGGCUGUCCUCGCUCCUUCUACGAGCUCCCAACAAGCUUUAUGCAAACCGUCACAGACGUAGAUUGGUGGAAGGCCCAAUGGGAUCCGCAUGGAUUCGCUGCUUACUUUGCGUGGUACGCGUUUACGGUCGUCGCGUGGGCUGUUCUCCCUGGUGAAUGGGUCGAGGGACUGCCGCUACGUACCGGACAAAAGCUCAAGUACAAGAUUAACGCAUUCGCAACGCUCCUUCUCUCCUUGGGCCUUGCCGGAGGGCUUAUUUGGACCCAAGGCCCUGCCUCAUUCACGUACAUCUACAACCACUGGAUUGGAAUCGUAACCGGUGCCUUUGUCAACUCUAUUGUGCAAGCAUUCUAUUGCUAUGCCUCUUCAUUCGCACAGGGUGCCCUGCUCUCUGCAAACGGAAACAGCGGAAACUAUAUCUACGAUUGGUUCAUGGGCCGCGAACUCAACCCUCGUAUCGGGUCGUUUGACAUCAAGUCGUUCAACGAGCUUCGACCGGGCCUUAUCCUAUGGUUCCUCAUCGACAUUAGCAUGGCCUGCGAGCAAGCCGUACGACGAGGUGGUCAUAUCACUGACUCUAUGUGGCUCGUCAUCUGCUUCCAGGGUCUCUAUGUCAUUGACGCACUCUACAAUGAGACGGCGAUCCUCUCGACUAUGGAUAUCAUCUCGGAUGGCUUUGGCUUUAUGCUUUCCGUCGGAGAUUUGCUUUGGGUGCCGUUCACCUACUGCCUCCAAGCUCGCUAUCUUGCAUGGCAUCCAGUUGAGCUCGGCCCGGUUUGGACUGCCACCAUUUUCGUCCUCCAUGGUCUCGGAUACUACAUCUUCCGUUCGGCCAAUAGCGAGAAGAAUGACUUUAGGAAUGGCAAGAACCCAAAGAACCGAACGUUUAUGCAGACGAAGCGAGGCACCAAGUUGUUGACGAGUGGGUGGUGGGGAAUGUCGCGACAUCCAAACUACUUUGGCGAUCUCAUCAUGGCGCUGGCUUGGUGCUUGCCCACGGGUUUCGAAACACCAGUGACCUAUUUUUACUUUAUCUACUUUACCAUCCUAUUGGUUCAUCGUCAACGACGAGACGACGAGGCUUGCCACGAAAAAUAUGGAGAUGAUUGGAAGGAGUAUCAAAAGCUCGUCCCCUGGCGUAUCGUGCCAGGAUUCUACUGA